AUGACCUUGCCGUGGUAUGGGGCGCUGCCACGGUCGACCAUCAUGUUUCCCCUUCCUUUUUAUAAGAUCACCAUGUCUGCCACGGUGGACGGUGAUCGUAAGAAACAGAUGGAGUCUUUCAAUCAAAAAACCUCAAUGGACAAGCAGUCCCUAAAUGCAAAGGAAGCUAUAGUUUCCACCUCCAAAUCUGGAUCAAACCAGGUUUCUUUUAGUACGACGGAAGCUGGGAUAACUAAACCUAGUGGAAGUGUCAGUACAUCGAAGCCCUUCACGGCUAGCCCAGUUCGUACGGCGGAAGCUGGUGCUGAGGACAAACCUGGCAACAGCAGAAGUGGCGGUACUCGCAACAAAACUACGGCCAAGAAGUCAAUUUCCUCUACCACCAAUACCGGGACUAGCCCUGGUAAAGGUGGCAAAGCUGAGUCUGAGACUGAUACCUCCGCAGUAGCAGAGCCUGCACGGCAUGGCUACAAGGAGAGACGUGCUGCCUUCAGGCUACUGGAGCGCCUGAAAACGAUUCCAGAGGGGGAGUGGUCUGUUAAACAGAAGCACUCAUUUAGCUGGGCGACAAGGGUAACGGAGGAGUCCCCUCGGGGUUCUGAACCGAACCCAAAACGUCAGUUGUCGGACGACCCACCCAGCAACCCCAGCACGUUGAAGAAGCCCCGAAUCAACAAGACUUCUCCAGCUACGUACAGCGAAGCUGUCAAAGGCCAACAGCUAUGGGCGGUGGUUGAUAAAAGCAACCCUGACGGCACUAUUUCGCCUGACAAUUGGAAGAAAGUGGAAGCCAGGCUCUCAAGCGUCUUCUUCCAAAUUCUGAAGGAGAAUCCUGGUCCAGCUCCUUUCUGUCGCGAUAGUGGAUGGCAUCAGAGUCAUGUGAAGCUAAUCGCCUGUGCCGAUCAGAGAUCCACUGAUCUAUACAAAAUAGCCAUCUCAAGGAUUGGCGAAGUAUGGCCUGGGUCUAAAUUCGAGGUAAUUUCAAGGGAUGAUAUCCUUAGUUUACCAAGAGCUAGGGCCUGGUUACCAGCGGAGCCAUCAGACCCUCAACGAAUCCUUGAAAUGCUUCGGGUAUGCAAUCCAGAGCUUCCUACAUCGUCUUGGAAGGUCACAAAGCUGGACGAUCCCAAGGGCGAGUACCGAAGCGCUACUUUCGUAGUCUGCAAGGACUCGGUGGACGCACUGGCGCGAUCUGACGGUGUAGUUAGCUAUGGGUUUUCGUCCAUAACUCUGAGGGUCUACAAUAAGGACAAGGCACCUAACUUAAAGGACCCGGUUGGAGCUGAGAUAGGCCCCAUGGCGGAAUCUGGCUCCGGUCCUAACACUGCUACAGCGCUACGGAAGGCAUCUGCUGACGGCAGUAUCUCUUCCUUGUUAGAUAGAGUACUUGAUACUACUCUCACUGAUGAGGAAGAGCUACUGGCGUCAGAUUCAGAUGAGCCCAACAAAACGGUGGUGGAGAGGAAGCCCAGUAACCAUGAUGUUACGGGUUCUUCAGAUUAACCUUCACCACUCAAAGGUUGCGUCCGCCAACCUCAUAAUCCACCUGGCCAAAGGUGGACAUCAUAUUGUCCUGAUUCAAGAACCAUGGGUAACACAUGGACUUGUGUGCGGACUAAGGACUCAAAAAUAUAAGCUGAUGUAUGCUCGCAACAAAGCGACACCGAUCAAUUGACCAUUAGCCUGGAGUCGGGAAAUGAACGGAUGUGGCUAUCUUCCUGUUACCUCGCACAUGACCACGAGGAGC